AUGUCCGAGUCCUCCCUCAAGCUCGUCGAGCCAACGGUCCGCGCCAAGGCCAAGCUCACCAUUGACAGAAUGCAGCAAGAGAUGCGGAAGAGAGGCGUGGCAGAUAUCUACAAAUGGUGCUUGUUCUAUACGACCGAUGUCAUCGGAGAGCUGAGCUUUGGUGAAUCAUUCCGGAUGCUCGAGAUCGGCCAGAAGAAUACCUAUGUGGAAGACCUUGAGAACGUCUCUAGGCGAGGCGGAAUCCGGGCAGGACUUCCGGAGUUGGCUUUCAUCGCCAGAUACAUCCCGCUGCCCUUCAUGAGCUCGGCUGUCGAAUCAGGCAAGAGGUUCCACCAGUACUCGACAGAGUCGAUCCAGCGAUACAAGCGCCUCGUGGCCGCGGACCCCAACACGCCCGCGACCCUGUUCUCGAAGCUGUUCCGGGCCGGUGAGGAGGGCAUGUCCGACGAGGAGAUCAUCUCCACGGGCCAGGGGUACAUCGUCGCCGGGUCCGACACGACGUCCAACACGCUGACGUACCUGCUCUGGACCGUCUGCCGCAGUCCGCAGACCAAGGCGGCGCUGCUCGCGGAGCUGGCCACCCUGCCGGCGGACUUUGGCGCCGACGCCCUCAGGGAGCUGCCCUACCUCAACCAGGUCAUCGAGGAGACGCUGCGCCUGUACUCGCAGGUGCCCGGCGGCCUGCCGCGCGUCGUGCCGCCCGGCGGCGCGUACAUGGCGGGCCACUGGGUGCCGCCCGGCACGACGGUCAGCGCGCAGGCGUACACCGUGCACCGGAAUCCGGGCGUGUUCCCGCGCCCGGAGGUGUUUGAGCCGUCGCGGUGGGCGGCGCCUACCAAGGCGAUGACUGAUUCGUUUGUCCCCUUUGGGGGUGGAUCUCGCAUUUGUAUUGGCCUGCAUCUCGCCCGUAUGGAGCUGCGACUCGGCACGGCUCUCUUCUUUCUCCGCUUUCCCAACGCCAGAGUGUCGACCAAGGAGGGCAUGUCGGACGGCGACAUGGAGACCAUUCUCUACUUCCUCAUGGCACCCAAAGGAAACCGAUGUCUGUUGGAGCUCGAAUAA